CUGCGCCUGCGCGCAGAGUCGCAAGAUGGCGGACAGUGCGGAACUAAAGCAAAUGGUUAUGAGCCUUCGAGUUUCGGAACUGCAGGUGCUGCUGGGCUACGCGGGGAGGAACAAGCACGGCCGCAAACACGAACUGCUGACGAAAGCCCUGCACUUGCUCAAGGCUGGCUGCAGCCCCGCCGUCCAGAUGAAAAUCAAAGAACUCUAUAGGAGAAGGUUCCCCCAGAAAAUCAUGACCCCAGCAGACCUGUCCAUCCCCAGUGUGCACUCGAGCUCCAUGCCGGCCACGCUGUCGCCAUCCACCAUUCCACAGCUCGGCUACGACGGCCACCCCGCCACGUCCCCCUUGCUCCCCGUGUCACUCCUGGGACCUAAACACGAACUGGAACUGCCCCACCUCACCUCGGCCCUGCACCCCGUGCACCCCGACAUCAAACUGCAGAAACUCCCUUUUUAUGACUUGUUGGAUGAGCUGAUCAAACCCACCAGCCUAGCCUCAGAUAACAGUCAGAGAUUUCGAGAAACCUGCUUUGCCUUCGCGCUGACGCCACAGCAAGUGCAGCAGAUCAGCAGUUCCAUGGAUAUUUCUGGGACCAAAUGUGACUUCACAGUACAGGUCCAGCUAAGGUUUUGUUUAUCAGAAACCAGUUGUCCACAAGAAGAUCACUUCCCACCCAAUCUAUGUGUGAAAGUAAAUGGGAAACCAUGCAGCCUUCCAGGCUAUCUGCCACCAACCAAAAAUGGUGUUGAACCAAAGCGCCCCAGCCGACCAAUCAACAUUACCUCACUCGUCCGCUUGUCCACCACGGUCCCCAACACCAUCGUCGUGUCCUGGACUGCAGAGAUUGGCAGAAACUAUUCCAUGGCCGUGUACCUGGUGAAGCAGCUCUCCUCCACGGUGCUCCUGCAGCGGUUGCGGGCCAAGGGAAUCCGGAACCCGGAUCACUCCAGAGCACUGAUUAAAGAGAAACUAACUGCUGAUCCAGACAGUGAAAUAGCAACUACCAGCUUAAGAGUGUCUCUUCUUUGUCCACUUGGCAAAAUGCGCCUCACCAUCCCCUGCAGGGCCCUGACUUGUUCCCACCUGCAGUGUUUUGAUGCCACUCUCUACAUCCAAAUGAAUGAGAAGAAGCCAACCUGGGUUUGCCCCGUGUGUGACAAGAAGGCUCCCUACGAACAUCUCAUUAUUGAUGGGUUGUUCAUGGAAAUCCUGAAGUUUUGUACAGAUUGUGAUGAAAUCCAGUUUAAGGAGGAUGGAUCCUGGGCUCCCAUGAGAUCGAAGAAGGAGGUGCAGGAGGUCACUGCAUCUUACAACGGAGUUGAUGGAUGCAUCAGCUCUUCCUUGGAACACCAGGUGUCCUCUCACCAGCAGUCCAAUAAAAACAAGAAAGUGGAAGUGAUCGACUUGACCAUCGACAGCUCGUCAGAUGAGGAGGAAGAGGAGCCCUCUGCCAAGAGGAGCUGUCCCUCCAUAUCUCCAGCAUCACCAAUAAAUAACAAGGGCAUUUUAAAUUUACCCCACCAAGCUUCUCCUGUGUCAAGAACCCCAAGCCUUCCUGCUGUGGACACCAGCUACAUCAACACAUCACUUAUCCAAGACUACAGGCAUCCAUUCCAUAUGACACCCAUGCCUUAUGACUUGCAAGGUUUAGAUUUCUUCCCUUUCCUGUCAGGAGACAAUCAGCAUUACAACACCUCCCUCCUCGCCGCCGCAGCCGCGGCCGUUUCCGCGUCCGAUGAUCAGGAACUUUUACACUCCCGUUUUUUUCCCUACACUUCAUCCCAGAUGUUUCUGGAUCAGCUCAAUGCAGGAGGAAGCAGCUCCCUGCCAGCCACGAAUGGUAGCAACAGUGGCAGUAACAGCAGUCUUGUUUCCUCCAACAGCCUGCGGGAGAAUCACGGGCACCCCGUCGCGAGUAGGAGCAGCACGGACACGGCCUCAAUCUUUGGUAUCAUACCAGACAUUAUCUCAUUGGACUGAUUUUUUUUUUUUUUUCUGGGGGUGGGCAAUGGGGGGACAGAGGAAAUCUUUGUGCUUGGUUUUCCUUUCUGUUCAAAAAAAAAAAAAAAAAACAUUAAGACAAGGUGGUUUUUUUUUCCUUUUUUAAAAAGGGGGAAAAAAAAAAUUUACGUGUACAGAGAACAAAAAAAAAAGUCUAUUUUCAGUUUUACUUUUGUAUAUAAACCUAAGAUGGCCUCACCGGUAAAAAUAAGAAAAAAAAAAAGACAAAAGAGAAAAAAAAAAUUUAACAAAAACAAGGAGCUUCAGUUCAUUUUUCUGGAUGCUGAAGAUUUUACACCUGUGCAUUUGUCAUGUGAGUUUCUUUUCCUUUUUUUUUUUUUUUUUUUCCCCUAUAGUUUGGACACAAAUGGCAUUAUUUUCUUCACAGUUACAGAAACAGGAAAGGAGCUGAACUUCUAAAGUUCAAGCUUGGGAGAGGGUUUUUUUCCCUUUGCUGGUGGAAUCUAAUUCCCCGUCCCAUACUGAGUGCAGAUUUUCUUACGCCGAAAGCAGAGCAGACCCUGCUCUGUUUGCAGGCCGGAGCCUUUCAGGAGUGGGUUUGGUUUUUUGGGAUUUUUUGUCAUUUCUGGUUCCAUGUGCCCCUCUAUCCAGGCAAAUUCUCCUUUUUAAUUCCGUGCUUUAGUCAGGAAUGUUGCAAACUCACCCGUGACAGGGCUCCAGGGAGUGACACGAAGCUGAGCGGGAGGUUCAGGUUGGACAUCAGGGAAAGUUCUUCCCCCAGAGGGUGCUGGGGUGCUCACCAGGCUCCCCAGGGAAUGCUGAUGUUCCCAAGGCUGCCAGAGCUCCAGGAAUGUUUGGACAACACUCCCAGGCACAGGGUGGGAAUUUGGGGUGCCCUGUGCAAGGACUUAGAUCCUCGUGAGUCCCUCCCAACUCAGAAUAUUCCACAGCUCCAUGUUCAGUUACUCCUGAGGGCCUGACUCCAUCUAAUCCCAGGCUGAGGAAUGACCUGUGGGAUGAGAUGGAGCAUUUUUGUGCAGUGGAGCCCCACAUCAAAGCAUCACUUGGGCUGGAGGGGUUUUGUUUCUAAGAACUUCAAUCCUGUUCAGAUAACCUCAAAUCUUAUCAGCAAAAUCCUGAGCAUGUGUCAGUGUUACCUCAUGGAGCUGCUUCUGCUUUGGCUUAGCCGUGCCUAGAGACGGCCUUGGCAGCCCAGGCCUGGCUUGUCUGGCUGGAAAAUCCUCAUUUUAGUGCAGUAGAUCCAAUGGCUGCUUCCAGGUGAACUUGUCACCAGCCUGCAAGAAGCAAAUAGAAACUCCAGCACACCCUUGCAUGGUCUGUGCAGCCGGUGAUGCUCUUGGUGCCCUGUGCUGAGUUCAGUCGCCCCAUGAAUAUUCCGUGUUCAGUGUGAGUCUGAACCCCAAACCCACCACUAAAACCCCCACAUCCCAGAGUGUUGCUCCCUUUCCAGCUCUCUUAGGGGUAGUGGCUUUCAAAAUUCACUUUCCUUGGAAUUCUUUGGAUUUCCCGGAUUUUUUCAGUCUGUUGGAGCCGUAUUUACUUCCUGGUUUCUUUUCUCAUUUUUUUUUUCUUUAAGUUGUGCAUGACAUAGGAAAUUUUUUUUUUUUUGGGUCAUUUGGGCUGAUCCGUUCUUCUUAAGGAGUGGAAUGUGUAAAUAGCUGGAAUGCAGUUUUUUUUCAGGAGAUUCUUUAAAGUCAGAGAAAGGGGGAGGGAAGGAAGUGAUUCUUGUGUCCCAAAGUCCAUGUCAGAGAGAGUAAAUAUUUCCUCUGGUGUGAAAAAUAUUUUUAUAACUGGUUGAAAGUGCAGGUAACGAGUUUAUCAGGAAAGAGAGUUAAGGAAUACUAAAAUUAGCAGAUUCUUGUCUGAAUUUUUUCAUGUCCAGAAAAACUGUUGAUUGCAAAUAGUCGCUUCGAGCAUUGACAAGGGCCACCUUUUGCCUAUGAAGUCGUCUCAAAACAAAAAACUAAAUCUUGCAUUGAUUAAAAAAAAAAAAGGAAAAAAAAAACAGGAAAAAAUGAUAAAAAAAACAGGAAAAAAAAAGCAAAAAAAAAGAAAACCUUUAAUCCAAGUAGCAUUAGGUAUUGCUGUCUGAUCAGUCGUAUGGUUAUUUGAAAGGUUCACAUUAUGUGGCAUCAAAAUUGUUUUUAGUGUUUUUACAGCAUCCCUCUGCCACUAAAUAGUUGACUUGAAUUUUGGAAAACGGAACUGUUUGUGUUUAUAUGUAUAUGUGUGUGUAUAUAUGUAUUUAUAGAUCCGUGUGUGUGAGUUCCAGGUGAGUUAAAUAGUUUUUCCCAUGCAUGUGUAUUUCAUACAUAUCUGGCUGAUAUAUAUAUUUCACCAUACACCGAUUUUAUAAUUUAUUAAAUGUCAGUUAAAAAAGAAAUAAAAGGAUAGAAAAUGGGAAAGACUUA